AUGACUUCCAAAAUAACCCCUUUCGUUUUUCGAUCCGCAUUUAGACCAGCAAGAAUAGCUUCAUCAUCACAAUGUCGACCAUUUGUUACCGGCAGCAGAUUAUCCAGCGAUUCUCUCAAUGUUCAUCGCGAUACACCCGACAAUAAUGCCUCUAUUCCCUUUAAGUUCACGCCUCAAAAUGAGAGGCUUAUCGAAGAAAUCCUCAAACGUUAUCCUCCACAAUACAAAAAGGCCGCCGUCAUGCCCAUCCUCGAUCUUGGACAACGUCAACAUGGAUUCACAAGUUUGAGUGUGAUGAAUGAGGUGGCCAAAUUAUUGGAGAUGCCUCCUAUGAGAGUUUAUGAAGUGGCUACCUUUUAUACCAUGUAUAACAGGAAUCCCGUGGGCAAAUUCCAUGUGCAAGCUUGUACUACGACUCCAUGUCAAUUAGGUGGAUGUGGAAGUGAUUCAAUUGUCAAGGCAAUUGAAGGACACCUGGGUAUCAAGCCUGGUCAAACCACAAAAGAUGGACUAUUCACCUUUGUCGAAGUCGAAUGUUUGGGUGCAUGCGUCAACGCCCCCAUGAUACAAAUCAACGAUGACUUUUAUGAAGAUCUCACACCCGAGUCAACUGUCACAUUAAUCAAGGCACUCCAAGCCAGCGCCUCAGAUAUCGCCAGUGCUGAAGGUGGGAAGGGCGCCAUUACAGGUGGCGAUAAGAACGUCAAGUCCGGGGCCGAAGUAGGAAAGGAUGCUGCAAGAAUUUAUAAUAAGGGAGGUGUUAAAGUACCAAGUCCGGGACCAAUGAGUGGAAGGAAAACUUGCGAGAAUAUCAAGGGUUUGACGAAUUUGACGAGUGAGCCAUGGAGUAAGGAGGUUUUCAAACCAGAAUGGCAGUAG